UGCUAUUUAUUGCGGAAGUAAUGGCUUCCGAAAAUUUAAUUGCAAUAACAUAAUAAGUAAAUCGUUAAUCAAAAUAGUUGAGUGUGAACAAUAUGGUACCGCUUUGAUAUAUUUUUGGCACUACGAUUGAUGAAUACAUUAAUUUUCUUUUAAACAUUUUACACCGCGUCUUGAUCAAGAUGUACAAAGAAUUGUCAUGAAUUUUAUGUUUAUAAAAAUGGACUAAAUUGUAAUUAAGCAAUUUAUAAAUAAACUGGCGGUUUUCAAAUUUAACUGAGAACUUCUUCAAAGCAACAAAUAUGAAAUUAAGCUAAAAUUCGAGUUUUCGAUUUGUUUACCAUGAACUACACUGGUGGGAAUAUGUCUAUAAGAAGUAAAACGAAGAAUAGUGAUGAGGAGGAAGAAUUAUCUGAGGAGGAUAUAAUGGACAGCGAGGACGAAGAAGAAAGAAUUGCUAGAAUUCAGCGUGCACACUUUGCGCAAACUGCUGCUAUGAACUCUCGUCGGCGACCGGUGGCACGUCCCCGACGUAUGAGCCAGAAGCGAAAAAUGGAAGCAGUGCGGAAUUUUCACGAUUUCACAAAAAAAUUGAAAAAAGACACAGGUAUUAAAAUUCGAAGUUUAACUGGUAAUAAUUUAUUAGAUUUUAGUGACUUUUCAAGUGAGGAUAAUAAUACAGAUAGUGAUGGUUUAUCAGACGAAGAGUUUACUGUAGAUCCUGAUGCUGUGCAAGAGUUGAACGAAGAAAACGAGAGUUAUAUAGACCCAGAGACGGGUGAUAUUGUUGAAGCAAAGCGAAAAGUUGUAGACAUAAUAAAAACUGAACCUUCAGAAUCUCCUUCAGAUUCAGAAAAACCUAAAACUCUUUCUAUUAGUGAUAUUAUAGAUGAAAGUGGUUUAGAUUUAUCAAAAAAUGUUGAAAUAACUGAGGUGGAAGAGAGUGAAUUAUGUGCAGAAAAAACGCCUGAGGAUUUGUUAGAUAUAAAAGAGGACAGUAGUCAGAGCUUUGACAUUACUGAAAAGUUAAAAGACAUGGGUGAAAUCAGUGUUAAGCCAGUGAAUAAAUCUGAGAGUGAAGACAAUGAACAGAGUGAUGACAAAAAAGCCGAACUGGAUGAUGAGAAAAAAAUACUGAACUCAAAUGCUUUAAAUGUAAGGCGCAAUAUAAGAGAAGUUAUGGACGAAAAAAACCUAGAUGCUUCUACGUUGACAGCACAGAGACAAGAAUCAGAACGUUUAGCAAGAGUACAAGAGCAGCAAAGGAUAAUAAGAGAGGUACAAAGGCAAAUAGCAAUAAAUAGACAAAAUAAAAUACACCAAAAAACAUUAUCACUUUUACAAGGCGGUUCAUCAUUAUUAAAGAAAUCUGGAACUGUGCAACAGAAGCUAAAUUUACCAAACACUGUGUUAGUUAAAUUACCAUCAGGAGAAAUGAAGAAAACUACAGUGAAACAGGGCCAAUUGGAAGUGACAAAGGUGCCCAAGCCCACAACAUCAGUUACUACCUUAGCUCAAAAAUUAAGUAAACCUGAGCAUAAGGGUGAUAAAAAAGAGGUAGUAGAAAUUGUAGAUAGUAGCAGUGGUGAGGAAUCAUCAUCGUCAUCUUCUGAUUCAGAUGAUUGUAUAAUGCUAUCGGAUUCGGAAGUUCCGCCUAGCCCUGAAGCUGAAGAUGACCCUAGUAAUUCUGGCCUCCAUGUGAAUGAUGCAUACAAUACACCUGAUGAGCAAGGAAGAGUUCAAAUUAAUAUAGGUCAUCCUGAAAAUGAAGAAGAUAUAUUUUUAGCCCCACAAAUCGCCAGGGUUAUUAAACCACAUCAGAUUGGUGGUGUGAGAUUUUUGUUUGACAAUAUAAUAGAAUCAGUGGAACGGUUUUCAACAUCAACAGGAUUUGGUUGUAUAUUGGCCCAUUCUAUGGGUCUCGGGAAAACCUUACAAAUAGUAUGCUUCUGUGAUAUAUUUCUACGUCAUACAACAUCAAAAACAGUUUUAUGUAUCAUGCCUAUUAAUACACUGCAAAAUUGGGUAGCAGAGUUUAACAUGUGGCUUCCGGUAGAUGCCUCAAAUAGCCCCCUAGCGGCGCAUGGUGAAGUACGACCUAGGAACUUCCCCAUAUAUGUAUUAAACGAUAGUCACAAAACAUUACAAAUGCGUGCCAAAGUAGUAAAGGAUUGGACAACAAAAGGUGGUGUUCUCAUGAUAGGUUACGAAUUAUACAGAUUAUUAAGUAUGAAAAAAGAUAAAAAACCUCGUAAGAAAAAGAAAGCGGAACUAAAACUUGAAGCCGAAAAAGAGAGGGAAGACAAGAAACAUGACAAAUCUGAUGUAGGAAAUGAUGAUACACAGGGUUCUGAUAUCACAAAAGCUUCUGACGAUCCAAGACUUGACAAAGAAGAGAUAGAUCUUCUCAAAGCUGAUAUAGAUCUAAAAGAUGAUAAAAAAUAUGACACACAAAAUGAUGAGGACAAAAAACUUCUAGAUGAGAUGUAUGAAGCAUUGGUCAAACCGGGGCCAGAUUUGGUCAUUUGUGACGAAGGACACAGAAUUAAAAACUCGCACUCCAAUAUUUCGUAUGCGCUCAAGCAAAUGAGAACGAAACGUCGCAUUGUACUUACAGGAUAUCCUUUACAAAACAAUUUGCUGGAAUAUUGGUGUAUGGUAGACUUUGUACGUCCCAACUACCUGGGUAGUAAAACGGAAUUCUGCAACAUGUUUGAGAGACCUAUCCAAAAUGGUCAAUGUAUUGAUUCCACACCUCAAGAUAUUAGACUAAUGAGAUAUAGAGCUCAUGUUCUGCAUUCCCUACUUGUUGGUUUUGUACAGAGGCGAUCACAUGCAGUUUUACAGUCGACCUUACCACAGAAAGAAGAAUAUGUCCUUUUGGUGCGCAUGACACCGUUACAACGAAAAUUAUACGAUAGGUUUAUGAAUGAAGUUGUUAGAUCUGCUUCAGUACCUAAUCCACUUAAAGCGUUCGCGAUUUGUUGUAAGAUAUGGAACCAUCCAGAUGUGUUGUACAAUUUUUUGAGAAAGCGAAGUGAGGUCAAUGCGGCCAUUGAAGAAGAUUUAGAUUUGGAAGAAAUUGGUGGAGUGACAAAAGCUGGGCGAGCGAAAAAUGGAAAAGGUCCAGGAAGACGUCCAGGAAAGGCUCGCGGUGCUUUGAAAAAACCAGCAGCUACAAUACCUCCUAAUACCACAGCGCCUGUACAACCUCGUCAAGAACCUAAUGCUUUUAAUAGUGCACAAUAUCCUCCCAACGGGUUUUAUAGUCCGAGUAACUAUAGACCCGAUAGACCGGUGGGAAAUUAUCCUCCACCCAAUUACCCACAGUUUCCAAAUUCCGGACCAGGCUAUUAUCCACCUGGCCAAGGGUACAAUCAGGGGUAUAGUAACAAUUAUUAUCCUCAGCAACAACCUUAUGACAGCAAUUAUCCAAAUCAGUACCCUCAAAAUAACCCAGAACAGGGUUACAAUCCAAAUUAUUGGGGAAAUAAUAGCUACUAUGGAAACUCUGGCUACUACAACAAUCCACAAUAUCCAAAUAGCCAACCACCACCAAAUUAUAAUGCCAAUCAACAACCUGGGUUUGAAAAUCCUCAGCAAUAUCCUCCAAAUUACAGUGGUCCUUCAAAUGGUCCGAUUUAUCCAAACAACGUACCAACAAACAAUCCAACGUACCCCGGAGAUAAUGUUCCGCCAAAUAAUGCAUCAUAUACAGGAAAUAAUGCAACAACGAGCAAUGCUGCAUAUCGCAGUAACAGUAUACAACACAGUAACACACAGUAUCCUACUGGUGAUGUGCCUGUAUCAAACCCAGAAAACAGUACAUCUUCAAGUAACGCUCUAUAUCCAGGCAACAAUUCCCAAUCAAACAAUCCCGCCUAUCCAAAUAAUAAUACACCUCCUUUUGUUCCCAAUCAAUCAGAUUAUGAGAAUCAAAGACGACCACAGCCCUACCAAGGUUCAUAUGCAAAUCACCCUCCUUAUGGCCAAUACAAUACUGCCACUGCUGGAACACCACAAUCAUAUCCGAACAAUAAUCAAACUCCCCAAAAUUAUGCUAGUAAUUACCCACCUCAACAAUAUCAGGAAAAUAAUGCAUAUGCUACAAACUCCUCCACAUAUAAUCAAUAUGGAAAUCCACCUACAAAUUAUCCUAAUUAUCCAAGAAAUGUCCCACCUCACGACAAUGUGCCAAAUCCAGCUCCUAUUAAAACUGAAAAUAACUUAGAUCAAAAUUAUUGUCAAAGGGAAAUUAAACAUGAGCCAAAUGUUUCUCAAAAUAUCCCUCCGCUUUACGGCAAUCCUUACAAUUAUAAUCAACCCAACACUCCAUAUCCAGAGUCACAAGUGAACAACGAUUAUAAUCAAUUUUCCAACUUUCCUCAAUCGAUGGAAACUAAACCUCCCUUAUGCAGUGCUAGUUCUGGAAGUCCAGUCACAUCGUGGCCGCUAACAGAAACGUUAAAGACUGAACUCGACAGAAUAAAAUCUGAAGAUAAAAUGGACAUUAAAUCUGAAUCUGACGGAGAAGUGAAAAUAGAGGAUUUGGAUACGAAAAAGAUUGUAAAAGAUGAAAUACGAAAAGACAUUAAUGUUAUGCCUAUACCACCUAUAAACAAUGAUGGUGUUAAAACUGAUAAUAUAACAAAAACUGAUAAAGUAAAGAGUGGAUCUGAUUCGGAACCUGAAACACCAAAAAAAGGAAGAGGGAAAGGCAAAGGUAAAGAAAAAUUAAAAAUGGAUAAACCUAAGCCAAAGGGCAAAGCAAAACCGAAAGGAAGGAAAGAUAGAAAAAGUUCCAAAGAAAAAACGAACGACGAUUCUGAAUCAGAACAAAGUGAGAAGGAAGAGAAGUUGAAUAGAGAGGAAGAAUUGGCUCUUGCUAAGAAGGCAGAAGAAGUGACAUACGACUGGGCUACAGAUUUGUUGAAAGAUUACAUACCUGGCUUGAUCGAAAACUCGGCUAAAAUGGAAUUAUUCUUUUACAUUUUGAAUGAGAGCAUAAAACUAGGCGAUAGAUUAUUAUUAUUCAGUCAGAGUUUAUUCACUUUAAAUUUAAUUGAAGACUACUUGGAGCGGAACUACAUUCCAGGCAGUAAUCGAGUUUGGGAAAGAAAUGUUUCGUAUUUCCGUUUGGACGGUUCCACACACGCCCUCGAACGUGAAAAACUUAUAAACGAGUUCAAUGCAAACCCACAUGUCUAUUUGUUUCUCGUAUCGACGCGAGCUGGAUCGCUCGGUAUCAACCUAGUUGGUGCGAACCGUGUCAUUGUAUUUGAUGCCAGCUGGAACCCUUGCCAUGAUACUCAAGCUGUUUGUCGAGUUUACAGGUAUGGCCAAAAGAAGCCUUGCUUCGUGUAUCGUUUUGUAAUGGAUUGUUGUUUGGAGAAGAAAAUCUAUGAUCGUCAAAUCAAUAAACAAGGUAUGGCGGAUCGAGUUGUUGACGAAUGUAACCCGGAUGCAGUAUUAUCUAUGAAGGAAAUCACAAAUCUCUGCUUUGAUAACGAUGAAAAGGAAUCAGAACCAAAAGAUCUUUUAGAACAUAAGGACAAAUAUAUAGAUGUUUUGAUGCAAGGCGUCAUCACGUUACAUAGUAAACUUUUGACAAAGGAACCUUUCCAACAUGAAUCCUUAUUAGUUGAUAGAAAAGAAAAGAAAUUGUCUAGUGCAGAGAAAAGAUUGGCGCAAAGAGGGUACGAGUUAGAGAAGAAAGCGGCGUUAGCUCCCAAACCAACGACAGCGUACCGCACAGUGCGUACGGCGGACGGUAGCCUCGUCCAGCGGCCGGUCGCCUCCGUGCGGCCGAUGCAGCACGGCGCGCGCUGGAUACCGGCGGACGUGUGGCGGCGGCAGGGCAUGACCGCGCAGGAGAUGACGCUGCCACUUGAUGUGGUUAUACCAACUAAUUCAUCUGAAAAAACAAAUAUUGUUCUGAAAGCUGGUCAGCGUGUAAUGGUUUUGAAAUCACCAAAAGGAAUUUAUAUGCAACUCGAAUCUGGGAAAAUUAUUGCAAUAAAAACAGCAUUGAAAGGCUUAGGGCAGAAACCUGGCGAUGGUAAAGAUAGCCCCCUUGGUAAGAAAGUUUUAGGUACUCGGCCAUCUUCUGCCAAUAUACCAGGGUCCUUAAAGAAUAAUUCGGCAAUUACAAUAACCUCUAAAGGAGGCCCUCGGCUACAAAGAGUUCAAGCACGACCAACAAUGAUGGGACAGAAAAUGGCCAGAGCUUUAAUGCCUGGUCAAAAAAUUGCAGAGAUUCGAAAUCGUUUAGGAGAAAUGAGGUCUUAUUCUGCGAUGCGUCCGAAGCUACCAACACCACAAAUGAGAAUGCUAAGGCCAGGAAUGUCAGGUUCGCUUAGUAUAACUAAAGUUCCAAAAGAUAAACCCAUAAACAAUAUUAAUAAAAAUCAGAACUUUGAGGAAGAGACACAAGUUUUGGAUAGUGACGAUGAAGAAGAAGUAAAGGAAAAAACAGAUGUAAAGCCAACUUCUGAUCAACAAAAAAAAGAGGCAGAUAGUACUCUAAGUGAUGAAACUGGACCAACAGAUACCGAAACAAUAAAUAAAGAUAAUACUGAAAACAAGGAAAGUGCACCAAUAAUACUAACAACUGAUGAAAAGCUUCCCUCUGAAGAGGCUUUGGAAAGUAAAUUGUCAGAUAGAAAUGGACCAGAAAUCUCAGCACAAACUCCAAAUAGGGUACAAGACGACGCUCCGAUAAACCUUGUGGGACGCGGAGAAAGCAAAAUUAACUUAUUGAAAAAUUAUAGACACCAUAGACCUAUUAGUCGAUCUGCAACAGAAUCUAGUCUCAGUCAAUUAGAAAGAACAGCAAGUGCCCUCAACAAAGAGGGUAUACCCGAUUUCCGGAAGAACUUGGAUGAUAUCACGCAAUCGUACUCUCCCACAGGGGAAGAAAAGACAAGCGGAUCGCGGAAGAAGAAGUCGCCUCAGAAAGUAAAUGUUGAAUCUCAAGAAAGACCGAGUAACAUGUCGCAUAGCGUAUCAAGUUUGCUCGGAGGUAAUGUGCAGAGGCCACGUACGGAAAAUCCAGUACCAGUACCUAGUCACAACUCUAGGCCGCCGAGCCAAACGAAUUUGACCGGUGGUCUUCAGGAUAGUCCGCAUGGGUACAAUUUGAGCAAAUCACAGUCAAUGCCUAUAAACAUGACGCAUAGUGGUCUGCUAACUGGAGGAACGACAACCAGUAACGAGCCGCUAAAUGAUAAUCAUUUAAGAGGGCCUCCAGCAUCUAGUGCUAUGUCACCAAAUGCUCCGGUAUACCCAAGUGGCAGCGCGCCGCCUGACGGUUCGUUUGGACAAUAUCCAGGCUAUGGCAUGGGUUAUGGGGCAUAUCCCAAUGCAGCGUAUUACGGUGGCUACGGGGCUGGCUACUAUCCCCCGUACGGGACGCCGCAAGCCCCGUUCGCCCCCCCACCGAACCCUUCGACCACCGACCCCUACUUACCACCCAACCCGCAAUGGUAGUAUUGAUCACAAUACUAUGCAUUUAGUAAAUGCUGCACCGUUUAUUAACGUACUACAGACUGAACUGGUGUAAUUGUGUCGAGUGUUUGCAAAAAUACGAAGAUAUUCUUAUUAGUGAACAUUUUCGAAUACACGUUGUAGGAAUGCGUUUUGCGAAUCAUCACAGAUGGGCUCAUUUCAGCGUGCGAGAUGUAUGUGAAUUGUAAAUUUUAAAAUUAUUUUGUAUUGUGUAUUUAUCGGUUUGUAGAAGUGAAUUUCUUGAAAAAUUUCGUAUCCAGUUUUUGAAUAUUUUAACUUUAUUGCGUUUUGGGUCCUUUUUUUGAGAUUACUCUUUUAAACGGUCGGUAGUGAAAUUAAAAAAGUGACGUUUAAUUUUAAGCCAUAUUAAUUAGUAUGUUUAUAGGGCUGUAGUUAAUUUUAUAUAGUAUAUUAUUAUAUAACCAAUGGACCUGGCCGUCUUGUGAUGAUGUAUCUAUUACUUACAAGAUAGUUCUUCUUCUGUGUAAUAAGAUUACUUCGUGUUUAAAUAGAAUGCGCUUAACAUUUCGGAGUGAACGAUUAUUUUAGAUCUCCUGUGUCGUUAGUACUUAUUAGAGUAUGAACAAAUUUGAUUUUUACUUGUGAAUAAAACGAUGUUAUUAGAAUAAAUGAUGCUGUAAGUUUUAAAAUCUUAGUGUUUCAAGUGUAUACUCGGAUUAUAAAAGAAAAGUAUGUUGUGAACGCAGUAUUUCUAUUUCAACGGCUAUGGAUUGGUCGAUGUAUGUGAUAAGUCGCUAAGUAGUGUUAAGUCGAACAUAGGUAAGGAAUAUUUAUCGCUGUAGUAUCCGUAAAUGCCCGCUGAUUAUUCUAGAAACUCAUUUUUCAUGUAAUCACAUCUGAGAAUAUCUCGGACAUCAUUAUUAAUGUCAUUUAUGCAUGUUAUGAUGCAUAAAUAUAUUUAUAUUUAUCUUAUAGAUAUUUAUG